UCCAGGUUCAGUAUAAACUGACCACGGCUGCAGGGGGGACAAGCAGCACUGCCCCUGUGUCUCCUGCAUUUGCUGGCUGCCAGUGACGAUGAGAGUGGAAGGCACUGAGUAGAGGCUCAGCAGGGAUCCUCAAAACACACACAACUAGUCGACUCUUCUCCGGGACCGGCUGUGAUGAUGGAGAAAGCCGCGCUGUUGCUGUUAUGUUGCCUGGUCAUUUCUUUGUCAGGCUCCCCGCUCUACCCAUCCAUUAGCUUUGGCCAGACCGAUACGUCCAUCCUGAUGACAUCGUCCAUAAAAGACGCAGCAGACAGACUGGAGGAAGACACACGUCGUCUCAGGGACAGGGCAGAACUGCGCUCCGAGCGCCAUGCUGAUGCCAUCUUUACAAACAGUUACAGGAAGGUGUUGGGCCAGAUCUCUGCCAGGAAGUUCCUGCAGACCAUCAUGGGCAAGCGCCUGGGAGAUGGGAGUUACAUGAAGCGUCAGUCAGAUAUCUACGAAGGGAUGUUUAAGGAAGACCUCACGUCCAUCCAGAGUGACCAGAGAUACACAGGGCCCAGGCUGCUGAGUUGAGCACUAACUGAAGAUUAGCAAUCUUCACUGAUUGCUUUUUUUGUUGCUUCCAUUAAUAAAAUGUUAUUUUAUUUCACAAAUUAAAAAGUGCUAAUAUUCUUUAUUAUUAUUAUUAUUAAAAUCUAAGGAAACUAUCUGCAGCC